GCAUUUUAUCUUUGAUCCAGAUGAUAAUUAUAGUAUUACUUUCAAUAAUUUAUUUAAAGGACUUAACGGAAUGGAUUUUAAAAAAUUGAUUUGGGGAUUUGAUCUCAGUGGAAUUAUGAAUACUGAUCCUGGGUCCAUAACUGGAUUGAUAAAAAAUGAUGAUACGUGUUUAAAAAAUAAUAAUUUUUCUAUUUGGCCAUGGAAAGAAAUAAGGAAUACUGCAUUAACGGAUACGUGUAUAGCUAAGAAUAAUAAUGGUUGGAUUCGUUAUUUUGAUACUGAUACCAACUCUACGAUUCUUUCAAAUUCACAACUCAAUGUAUCUUUUGCUUACGAAGAUCCUGAAUCUUUACAUCAUAAAUUCAAAUGGGUGACCAGUAAUAAAUUUGCUGGAAUAUCAAUUGCAAAUUUAACAUUUGAUUCAAUUAAUAAUAGCAAUAGCAUAUUUAAAUUUAUAAAAAAAAACUGCUCCUAA